CUGGGGAGGGCGGUCGGGGACCAAGCGGCUAUGCAGGCCCAGGGGAACCCAGCCGCCGCCCACGUGUUUCUCUAACAUCAUGUAAACCAUGAUGCUGAAAAUGCUUUUCCGGCCACGAAAAGGACCAAUCACUGAUUUUCACGAGUGGGUUGGAAGAUGCACAGAUGUUUGUUUCAACCAAAAUGAUGAUGUUCCUGACCAGUGAUGGGAAAAUACAUGAAUUUGUCAUUGAGUUGGGAAAAUUUUUGAUGCCUUUCAGAUUUUUGUUUCCUUUUCAAAAGCAGCCAACAGACUAAUUCAGGGAAGAAAUCCAAGACGUGAUAAAUCUUAUGGAACAGAAGAAUGUGAAGAGUUUGGAGAGAAGGCAUAGAUGCCUUUUGUUUGUCAGGGCAUAUUCUUUCCCUGGAAGCCCUGUUCUGGGUGAUUCUGUAAAUCAGGCCUUGCCCUUUGGAAAUGAGCAUUGUGCGGAUGGUAAUGGGGAAUUAAGUUAGAACAGUGGAAAGGGGAUUUAGUUUUCCCACUUCUGUUUGUUAAUCUGUCUCUUCUGAAUUCCAGUCUGUUAUCCUCCCGGUCCACAAUGCUGAAGCAUGGUUGGACGAGUGCUUGAGGUCUGUUCUGCAACAGGACUUUGAAGGCUCCAUGGAGCUCUCAGUCUUUAAUGAUGCCAGUAAGGACAAGUCUAUGACUAUCAUUGAAGAGUGGAAAAUGAAGCUAGAAGAUUCCGGUAUCCUUGUGGUCAUUGGAGGGCAUGAUUCUCCUUCCCCCAGAGGAGUCGGAUAUUCUAAAAAUCAAGCAAUAGCACAGAGCUCAGGAUCUUACCUUUGCUUUUUGGAUUCAGACGACGUGAUGAUGCCGCAGAGGGUGAGGCUGCAACAUGAAGCUGCUGUUCGGCACCCGACGAGUAUUAUAGGCUGCCAGGUGAGGAGAGAGCCCCCCCACUCCACCGAGCGAUACACACGUUGGAUCAACCAGCUCACGUCCGACCAGCUUCUCACCCAGGUGUUUACCUCCAAUGGCCCCACUGUCGUCAUGCCCACCUGGUUCUGCUCUCGAGUGUGGUUUUCCCACGUGGGCCCGUUUGAUGAGGGCGGGCAGGGUGUGCCCGAGGACCUGCUGUUCUUCUACAACCACCUCAGGAAGGGCGGCGGGGUCGUCCGGGUGGACCAGAGCCUCCUCCUCUACCGCUACCACCCGAACGCGGCAACCCACUCCGUCCUCGAGACCACCAUCUGGACCCACCGUGUCCGCUUUCUAGAAGAACGGGCCCUGCCACACUGGGCGUCCUUCACCAUCUGGAACGCGGGCAGGCAGGGUCGCCGGCUCUACCGCAGCCUCACGGCAGGGUCACGGUGCAAGGUGGUCGCCUUCUGUGACGUGGACGAGAACAAGAUCAAGAAGGGCUUCUACUGCUACGAGGACUCUCAGGAAAGGCCCAAGCCCCGGGUUCCGAUCCUGCACUUCCGAGCCGCGCGGCCGCCCUUCGUCAUCUGCGUGAAGCUGGACCUCACAGGGGGUGCGUUUGAGGACAAUCUGAGGUCGCUGCACCUGCAGGAGGGCCGGGACUUCCUUCACUUCAGCUGACAGACCCAUAGCAGCUGCUUCCAGCCAAGUCCCGGUGCUGCUCUGCAGGCACUGUCGUCUCCCCGCCCCAGCAGAUGCAAGAGCAGGACCUUGUGUGGCAGCCCUGCAGGAGACGAGCCUUCCCACUGGCAUGGCCUCACGUGGCCUGAGGCUAAGCCUUGACACAGGCCACCUGGUCACCUAGGACCCCUCACCAUGUGACCUCUGCCAGUCAAGGAGUCUCUGGCUAAUCUUUCAUCUAAAAUGGAAACCUCCCUUAUUUUCAAGAGGGAGGGGUGAUUUUAGGCUUGAAUGAAAUAAAAGUUAACCUACAAAGUCAAAAUCUCAUACAAACAUAACUCGAGGCUUUCUCUUUCGGGGGGUUAAAGAUGAUUUGUCAACAGGUCGAGCAAGUCCAGCGGCUCAGCCCAGGCAGGAAAAACAGACUCCUGGUGGGGCAGUGCAGUUCAGGACGUCACGCCCCACGGCUGCCACAGCCGAGUGGCCUGAGCUGAGCCUCCCAGCCCGUGGCCGUGUCGUCAUGCAUGUCCCAGGGGGCGGUUUGUUCAGUAGCCCCGGUGUGCUGUCACAGUCCUGGGCUUGUGGCUCUGACAACAGCACAACCAGCGUCCUCCCCUCAGAGGUGGGUGUGGGCUCCUGAGCUCUGACCUGCCUGCCUGUUCUGUCCUGUGUCCAGACCUCAGCCCACGAAACAGCCCGUGGAAGGCCGAGGACGCUGGAAACCUGAGCUUUGCAAAGCUCCCACGGCUGGCAGGCCCGACCCCGCCAAGCUCUCAGGCCUCUGAGACCAGCCACACGGGUGCCAGAGCGGGGAGGCUUAUCACGCACAUCAGCCUCCUGGCUUUAGGAUCGGUCAGUGUGAGUUCACAGUGGACAAAUAAAGAGAUGUGGCUUUUUCAAGAACAAACAAGUGAGCUGUGGUACCUCCCACCUUU